AGCUUAAAGCAGAGCGUCUCCAGUUUUCCCGCAUCAGCACAUAGCGCGCGCGCGGCGCAGCACCGUCUCCGCUGCUCGGGUUGUUAUUUUCCGCACACAGCGCGUGAGGAGGAAAUAUCAGAGUCCCGGUCACAGGCGCUGCAGGGGGGCAGACACGCGGGGGCUCGCGCUCCGGGCUGCUGGAGACUCAUCUGCUCUCAGGACAGAAGUGAAAACCCGGACAGAGCGCGCGCAAGGCAGAAUGGAGUGACAGAAGGGAUGGAAUUUGAUCUCAUUAGCAUCUCUUGGUGUGGAAUUUUAGUGGGAAUGCUCGACCUGAAGACCUGUCGCUCCUAGGAUCUGGGUCUGCAGUGCUUCUGGUUCCUCAUCUCGCCUCGUCUUUCUUUCUCUCUGCACGGUGUUGCGCGAGCUGUCUCUGUGUUGCUCCGGGGGACACUCGGUGGCCACCAUGUCCUCCAAAGCACCCAUCUACCUGAAGCGCCGGAGCCGCAAAGGCAAGAAAGAGAAGCUGCGCGACCUCCUCUCAUCCGACAUGAUCAGCCCUCCGCUGGGCGACUUUCGCCACACCAUUCACAUCGGGAGCGGCGCUGGCGGCGACAACCUCUUCGGCGACCUUUCCUUCCUCCAGGGCAAGUUCCACCUGUUACCCGGGCAUCAAGACCAGCAAGGGGCAAUCCAGUGGAGCUGCGCUGCCACUGAGAGUUCACCGCUGCUCAAGAACGCUCUUUCACUUCCUGUUAUCGGAGGAGUGCAGGCACUUACGCUUCCGCCCUCAGCCCCUGUUGCGUCACAGCCUCUCGCCCCUGCCAUGGCUCCGCCCCCAAAACCUCCCAGACUGCACCUGGAGUCGCCCCAAACGUCACUUCCUGGCUCCCCGAAGCGCUCUCCUGAUCACGAACAGCCUUGUGUUGCAACAGAGGAAAAGGAAAGCGAGGAAAAACAAGGAGAGAAAGACGACGAGCAUCCGUAUCUGUCUCACGCUGGCUCCCUGCUCUCGCUCCACUUGGACCUGGGGCCGUCCAUCCUAGAGGACGUCCUACAGAUCAUGGACACUCAGAGGAUGGGAGGAAUCGGUGGAGGAUUCACGCCAAACGGACGACAACAGGUCUACACCUAAGACAUACUUCCGCUCUUUUUUACGCCCUUUUUUGUUCCCUCCCUUUUUAUUGCCGUGAGUGCUGGAUUGAACAGUAACUUUUCCGUUUGUCCUUGAAAUUGUUCUCUUUCACACUAGGAGUUUUCAAGGCUACAGAGAAUUUUUUUUUUUCUUUUCUUCAUCCAUUAUGGGAGAUAAAAAAUACUGACAGCUUUUAUGACUUCCUGGUCUUCCUCCUCACUCUCCUGAGCCACUGAUUAAAUAUUAAUUAAUCUUUCAAACCAGAUCUACAGCCUAGACUGCAAUUUCUGACGUAGCGUGUGUGUCUGGAUCAGUUUUUCAGUCGAGGGAUUAACUACAGGGGAAGAAAAACGACCUUCUCUCAGCACUGAGAAUGACAUCACCUUUCUCCUCGCUGGUGUUGCCAACUUCUGAACAAAUACACGCACCUCUCCUAUGAUUCCGCUCCUUUUUCUUUUUUUAAACUAGAGGAGCUCGCAUUAUGUCCAAGAACUACGAAAAAGGAAAGGUAUCUCAGUUAAAGACCAAGAGGAAAAAAAAACCUGCGUAUGUCUUCCAUCUUAGUGGAAAUGUGAAAAGACUUGGAACGUUGCACCUUUGGCUUUGCUGGAUGUUUCUGCACUCCCUCAGGCUGGGACAGUUGAUCCCUGUUUUGAGUUCGAUCCUUUUUUAGACGGAGGUGUGAGGAUCAGUUUGUCACUGAAACCACAGCUUGGGUUUGCGUUUUAUACGGAGCCCCAGAGAUUUAUCAUAUUAACAUAUUCGAGCGUUAGAGGGGAAUUCCACACGGGUUUUUUCACAAUUCAGCUUGGUGAGAUGUAAACAAGGUCCUGUAGUGGGCUUUUUUAAAAAAAAAAUGCUCCAUUCUAGAGAAACUUAGUGACUGGUUUAUUUAUACUGGGCCACUUUUAUCAAACUGGAUAUAAAAAAAUAUUUCAUAACAAGUUCAUGGGGUAUUGCACAAGAAGCCUGGUAUUCAUGAAAAUCCAGUUCUUUAGGAAAAUGGUUGUAUGUUUUUCACUCCUGAGUUUGUUUAAAUUUACAUAUGAAGAGACUCAUUAAUGUGAUUGGCUGCAAAUCGUGAAAGAAAGUGAUCCAGAACAAAUCCAUAAAUGAUACCAAACAUGACUAGCUGUUCAAUUAGGACAAAAGUAAACAGAAAAAUGAUUUUAACUUCUAGUGGAGUUCACAUACUUAUGAACGUGAAAAAGUAACAGACGGAUACUUUGGAAAAAGUGAAAAGGGACGUAAAAAUGUAAUACUUUUUCUAUUUUGGAAGUUGCCAUAAUUCAACAAUCUUAUUACAAUGAACUAAUUUCUUAAUGAAAUACCUUAACACCUUAAAGAUCGGAUUCCAUUUGGCAGAAUCUAGCAAUCUCAACCUGAUUAUCUUGCUAAAGUAAGAGAUAUACCCAAGCACCUAAAAAAAACCUCUUUAAGGGCUCAAACGUGGGCAGGAAGGGUGGGCGGUUCGGUCAGUUGUGAGGUUCGGAGGUUGUUGGUUAUAUUUUGCAUUCAUAAAAAAAAAACAACAACAACAACAACACUGGAGCGUUUGUACUUAUAUGUUCUUUCCUCUGUACAUCCUGACACUUUAAUAAAUUAUUCUUAGCAAAAAGUGAAUUGUGACAUAUCACAGUUUGUGACAAUAUCCAUUUGGGGGCGGGGCUUGAUGUCAAGUACGUCACGUGAAGUACAACGGUAGCAAUGCUAGUGAUCAUUCAUUCUGUCCAUUUAUUUCUUUUAAUAUACCAUCAGAAUGCUAAGUAAAUGGUGUGGAAGUAAAUAUUGCAGGGAUUAGGAGAGGGAAAAGACUCUUAUGGAGUGGAUAAUGGUCGUAGCAGCCGUGUUGAGGAUACAGCAAAUUAGAAAUGCGUGCGCACCACAGUGACCACCAGGCAAAGAAGGAACCAUGAAAAAAAUGUCUUCCUUUUCCAACUUUUUGGGCAAGUUUUAGGUCUUUUUUUUAGGUCUCUGCGCAUCACUGACCGUUUUGGUGCAGCACCUUUCUUUGAAGGACGCUGGUUCUAUUCACAUUUAGCCAGAAGCUAACAGCUGAAUGUGCAACGAUAUGCAGAACCUAAAAACAUCUGUAAAAAAUCUGUAAUAUGAAAGAGAGACGAGUAUCACUCGUAUUAGUGCUAGGACCUACAAAGGUCAAAUACAAAGGUGACAAAGGUGAAAUGCCAAUGAACAUUUUUAAUGUUCACUUAAAAGAAACAUUUAGCUGUCAGGUUUCUCUAGAAUGUUGUAUUUAAUAUAUUUUCUGUCAUUAAAAACUCUAAACGACUACUUUUCAUGCAUUCACGUUGUAUAAAACAGGUUGGAAAAUCUGUGGAAUUCCUCUUUAAGACUUUUGCUAGUGUAAGACGCAGGGUAAAGAGCGAGGUCAUGUGACACUUGGUGUACUUUAAGUCAACAGUGAGUAGAUCAUUACCAUAUUAACCGACUCAAGGUGAAAUCGUUAAAGGAACGAGCACUGAUUUAAGCUUAUGAGGCGUAAAGAAUGUUCCGGCUCAAAGCCUUACUGCUAUAACGUCCCGCUACGUGACGAACACUGUAUUUCCUGUAUUACUUAGCAAUAACAGAUAUUAGCAACAUACUAUUAUUAUUAUUACUGUUAUUAUUGUUCAUAAUAGCGCUAUAUCUUAUCAUGAGGGCAUCCUUAUUCAUGAUGACAUCACACUGAAGACUUAAUUAUCCACGAUUCUUUUUAUCUUUUCAUGAUUAAUCUCAGCGAGAACGUCUGCGCCUGUCCUGUACUCGUCUGCAAACUGGACUAUUAUGGGAUGGGAGAUACAGAAAGUCUAUUUUUAGUCACGCACAAACACUUUUCUCUUCGGAAAAUGUGAUUAGAUGUUCAGAAGUAAAGGACACAUCGUGAGCCAAGCUAGCGUGAUAGCAGCUGUGGAGUGUGUGUGUGUGUGUGUGUGUGUGUGUGGGUGCGCUGUGUACUAGUGUGAAGCUUGCGUGUCAACACAAUGACAGUUACUAUGGUUGUGUUGUCAUAAAUCCACAUAGAGGCCUUGAGGAGUGAAGCAUCAUGGGAAGGAGGAGAGGAGUGUCGACAGCUUGUGCAAGUUCUACAAAGUUCUUUUUUUGCUUUCUGUCCAAACCCUGAAAAUGUGCCUUUUCUCUCUCUCUCUCUCUCUCUCUCUCUCUCUCCAACCUGUGAAUUUUCUUUCUCUGCGAAUGGUGCGUUAUUUAUUUAUUCCCAGAUUCAUGAAUUUGAAACACUACACAUCUAAACCACAGAUAAGCUGAGAUAGAGGUCUGUAACUAUUUGUUUUAUGCAGUACGCAAACGUAAUGGUUACACUUCUGUAAUCACUCUCCCUGACACACACACACACACACCACUCUCAACUGAUCGUACAGAAAACUUUCCCUCUGCUGCUGUUGUGUACAUGAGCUCCCAGUCCACUGAAUAAUGAGAAUUCUAUAAUAAGAUAUAGUUAUAAAAUAUCAAUAAAGGACAAUUUCAUAUGAA